GAAGGUCAGUAGAGGGAGUUGGAUUCAGAAAGUUGAUGUAAUCUGGAAGCCCCAGAAAAGUUCUGAGUUUGUUAGUUGUGUGGAUUCUGAGGUGUUUGAUAAACAGGCUGAAGGGUUAUCCUUAGAUUCUUUGCCUUUUCUGCUUAUAUUUUUUAUUGUUCUGCCUGAUUCCAACAUGAAUAUACAGUCCUGCUCCAGGUGUGGAUAUGGGGUAUAUCCAGCUGAGAAGAUCAACUGCAUAGAUCAGACAUGGCAUAAAACUUGUUUUCACUGUGAGGUCUGCAAGAUGAUACUCACUGUCAAUAACUUUGUCAGUCACCAGAAAAAGCCUUAUUGUCAUGUGCAUAACCCUAAGAACAACAACUUCACUAGUGUGUAUGAGACCCCGUUAAAUAUAAAACUUAAAAAACAGUCAGAUGCAGUCAGUGAGGUUAAUUGUCAAGAAGAUGAUGAACAAUUUAAAUCAAUUUUUCACUGGGAUAUGAAAUCUAAAGAUAUGGAAGCUGCACGGACAGUGCAGCAGCUGGCCAGUCAGAAAGACUACUGGACGUCAUAUGGUGAAGGGAAUUCCUGGUCUUCAGGAACAGCCUCGGACCCUGAAAUGAUCAGAAUGGCUCAGGCCCAGAAAGCUCUUACUGAAUCUGAUUAUGCAGACGAUUUUGAGCACCAGAGGGGGAAAGGAAGCUUUCCUGCUAUGAUCACUCCAGCUUACCAGAGAGCCAAGAAAGCCAAUCAGCUGGCUAGCCAGGUGGAGUAUAAGCGUGGACACGAUGAGCGAGUCUCCAGGUUCACCACGGUGACAGACACUCCUGAACUGCUCCAUGCAAGAGCAGGUGGACAGCUCCUGAGUGAUGUGAGAUACUCUGAAGAAUAUGAACAACAAAGAGGAAAAGGCAGCUUUCCUGCUAUGAUCACACCUGCUUAUCAAAUAGCCAAGAGGGCCAAUGAAUUAGCCAGUGAUGUGAAAUAUCAUCAGCAGUAUCAUAAAGAUAUGAAGGGAAAAGGUAGCCAUGCAGUUGGAAAUGAUGCAGCUUCAGAUCAUUUUGGUCAGGAAUACCUGGAGGAGUUUGAAGAGCACAGGGGAAAGGGUAGCUUUCCUGCUAUGAUCACCCCAGCUUAUCAAAAUGCCAAGAAAGCAAAUGAACUGGCUAGUGAUAUAAAGUACAGGCAAGACUUGGCAAAGAUGAAAGGAGCUGCUCACUAUCACUCACUGUCAGCUCAAGACAAUUUGGUUCUUAAACGAGCCCAGAGUGUUAACAAACUUGUCAGUGAGGUGGAGUACAAGAAGGAUCUGGAAAAUAGUAAAGGCCACAGUAUUAACUACUGUGAAACUCCCCAGUUUAGGAACAUGAGCAAGAUCUCCAAAUACACCAGUGAUAAUAAAUACAAGGAAAACUAUCAGAACCAAAUGAAAGGUCACUAUGAAGGGGUUGGCAUGGACCGACGUACCCUUCAUGCCAUGAAGGUUGGGAGUCUAGCAAGCAAUAUAGCCUAUAAAGCCAAUUAUAACCGUGACAGUGUUGACUACAACUACCCAGCUACCAUCACUCCAACAUAUCAGACCACAAUGAGGCUGGUUCCCCUGAAAGAGUCAAACUACAGGCAAAGCAUAGAUAAAUUGAAGUACAGUUCUGUGACCAGUACUCCACAGAUCGUUCAAGCCAAAAUCAAUGCGGAGCAGCUCAGCCAUGUGAAUUACCGGGCCGAAUAUGAGAAAAAUAAGCUGAAUUACACUCUGCCCCAGGAUGUACCGCAGUUAGUCAAAGCCAAAGCCAAUGCUGCACUCUUUAGUGAGGUUAAGUACAAAGAAGGGUGGGAGAAGACAAAGGGAAGAGGAUUUGAGAUGAACCUAGAUGCCAUGUCUUUGCUUGCUGCCAAAGCCUCAGGGGAUCUAGCCAGCAAUAUUAAAUACAAAGAAGAAUAUGAAAAAACAAAAGGGAAAGUUCUGAGUAACAAAGAUUCAAAACUUCUGCAUUCCCUGCAAGUGGCCAAGAUAAGCAGUGAGGUUGAAUAUAAGAAAGGUUUUGAGGAGAGUAAGACCCAUUUCCAUCUUCCUAUGGACAUGGUGAACAUAAAGCAUGCCCAAAAGGCCCAGGCUCUGGCCAGUGAUUUUGACUACAGAAAGAAGUUGCACAAAUACACGGUUCUUCCUGAAGAUAUGAAAACCAAGUGGGCCAAGAAGGUCUAUGGGCUCCAGAGUGAGUUGCAGUACAAGACAGACUUGACAUGGAUGAAAGGCGUUGGUUGGAUGACAGAGGGGAGUUUCAAUAUAGAACAGGCCAAGAAGGCAGGAGAGCUUGUUAGUGAGAAAAAAUACAGGCAGAGGGCUGAUGCUCUGAAGUUCACUAGUGUGACAGACAGUUCUCAGAUGGAACAUGCCAAGAAAAGCCAGGAGCUGCAGAGUGAUGUAUCUUACAGAGCAGGAAAUGAGCAGACUCUCCAUCAGUACACCAUCAACAAAGAUGAACCUCUCUUCCUCCAGGCCAGAGCCAAUGCAGCUAACCUCAGUGAGAAACUUUAUAAGAGCAACUGGGAGAAGCAGAAGGAAAAAGGAUUUGAGCUUCGUCUUGACUCCUUGCCUUUCUUAACGGCAAAGGCCAAGAGAGACCUGGCAAGUGAUAUCAAGUACAGGGAGGAUUAUGAGAAGUCCAGGGGCAAGUUGAUUGGGGUGAAAGGUGUGGAAGAUGAUGCUGGGAUGGCUCAUUCUUUCCAAGUAUCCAAGCUCCAGAGUGAUCUGGAGUACAAGAAGGGAUUUGAGGAUGCCAAAAGCCAAUGCCAUGUCUCCAUGGAUAUGAUCAACCUCAUCCAUGCUCAGAAAGCUCAGAAUUUAGCCACAGAUAUAGGUUAUAGGACUACUUUGCAUCAAUUCACUGCAUUGCCCACAGACAUGAAAGUGGAAUGGGCCAAGAAGGCUUAUGGUUUACAGAGUGAUAACCAAUACAGAGCAGAUUUGAACUGGAUGAAAGGCGUUGGAUGGAUAGCCACUGGGUCAUUAAAUGUGGAACAGGCUAAGAAGGCAGGAGAACUCAUUAGCGAGAAGAAGUACCGUCAGCAUCCAUAUGCUUUGAAGUUUACCAGUAUUAAAGACACUCCUGAGAUGAUCCAGGCUAGAAUUAGUUAUAACCAGGCUGUGGAUAGGUUAUACAAGGAGCAUGGGGAGGAUAUAAAACAUCAUUACACCCAGAUUACAGACCUUCCUGAAGUACUGCUGGCCAAAUUGAAUGCUAUGAAUAUCAGUGAGAUCCGGUACAAGGAGUCCUGGACCAAGCUGAAAGACGAUGGAUAUAUAUUAAAACUGGAUGCCAUUCCAUUCCAGGCAGCAAAAGCUUCAAGUGAAAUUAUAAGUGAUUUCAAAUACAAGGAGGCGUUUGAGAAAAUGAAAGGGCAAAUGCUUGGCUCCCAGGGCUUGGAAAAUGAUAUUAACCUUAAGCAUUCAGUGCAGGCGUCCGCACUGCAGAGUGGCGUGAAUUACAAGAAAGACUUUGAAUCCUCAAAGACCCUGUUCCAUCUGCCUCUGGAUAUGGUAACCCUGGUGCAGGCCAAGAAAGCACAGAAUCUCAUCAGUGAUCAAGAGUACAAACAACUACUUCACCAUUACACACCCUUAUCUGAAGACCUGAGAUUACAUUGUGCCAAAAAGGCUCACAAGUUACAGAGCGAGAAUUUAUACAGAUCUGACUUGAACUUCAUGAGAGGAGUUGGCUGCAUUAUUCCAGGUGCCCUGGAGAUUGAAGGAAGGAAGAAAGCAUCUGAUCUCAUCAGUGAGAGUAAAUAUCGUCAGCAGCCUCAGUCAUUCAAGUACACAGCCGUGACGGACUCUCCUGGCCUGCUUCAUGCAAAAUUCUGCAAUCAGAUUACUAAUGAGCGCCUGUAUAAAGCAGCAGGGGAAGAGUCGAAGCACCAGUAUACGAUGCAGCUAGGUUUCCCUGAGUUUGCCAGAGCAAGAAUGAAUGCGGCCUAUCUGAGCGACGCAAAAUACAAGGAGUCUUGGCAUAAUCUGCGUGCUCAAGGCUACAAGCUGACAAUGGAAGCGAUCCCUUUCCAGACUGCCAAGGCCUCCGGAGAUAUCGCCAGUGAUUACCAAUACAGGCAUGAUUUCGUGAAGGAAAGAGGCAAGCUCAUUGGCCCUGGAAGCCUAAUAGGUGACUGCAGGAUGAGACACUGUCUGCAUGUGGGCCAGCUGCAGAGCCAGCAGCGUUACGCGGAGCAGUCGCAGAGAGGCAGAGUUCACUUCCACCUCCCUUUGGACAUGGUGACCCUGGUCCAGGCCAGGAAGGCCCAGGGUUUAGCGAGCGAGCGGGACUACAGGACAAGGUACCAUGAAUUCACAGUGCUGCCGGAGGACUUGAAGAUGUACUGGGCCAAGAAAGCUCACGCCCUGCAGAGCGAGUCACGCUACAAAUCAGAUCUGAACUUCAUGAAGGGGUUGGGUUGGCUGGCGCUGAGAUCCCCGCAGAUAGAAAAUGUAAAGAAGGCUGGAGAACUCAUCAGCGAGGCAAAAUAUCGCCAAAAGCCGGACAGUAUCAAGUUCACCACAGUGGUUGAUUCACCUGAUAUGGUCCAUGCCAAAAAUAGCUACAUCCAGUGCAAUGAUCGUUUAUACAGAUCUGGGGAUGCAGAAUCGAGGCACAGGUACACUUUACUGCCUGACCACCCCGAUUUCCUUCGAGCCCGACUGAAUGCUCUUCAUCUCAGUGAUAAAAUGUAUAAGACCUCUUGGGAACAGACGAGAGCAGCUGGCUAUGAUUUUAGAUUGGAUGCUAUCCCUUUCCAGACUGCCAAGGCUUCCAGAGAGAUCGCCAGUGAUUUCAGGUACAAAGAGGCCUUCCUAAGGGACCGUGGGCAGCAGAGCAGAUUCCUCAGUGUAAACGAAGAUCCCAAGAUGAGACACUUUAUCAACGUGGGGAAACUCCAGAGUGACAAUGUGUAUAAGAGGGAAUUUGCCAAGAACAAUUCACAGUUCAAGAGUCGGGCCGACCAGCCUGGGUUUGUCCAAGCAAAGAAGAGUCAGCAACUGAUCAGCGAUGUGAAUUACAGGCAGCACCUACAUAACUAUACCUGUGAUCCUGAGCAACUUAACAUGAGGCAUGCAAGAAAGGCCCACAAUCUGCAGAGUGAUGUUAAGUACAAAUCUGACUUGAACUGGAUUAGAGGCAUUGGCUGGACCCCACCAGGUUCUUACAGAGUGGAAAUGGCUCGAAGGGCUGCUGAACUAGCCAACACACAGGGACUGAGGCUUCACAGACCUUCUAAAAUGCCAGAGUGCAGUAGAGAUCAGCAGGAAAAUGUGAAUCCAGAUGCAACUGAGAUUCUUCAAGUAAGAAGGAAGAAGACACAGAUGCUGUAACGCAGCAGCUCCUUGUAUAUGGAAAACGAGCUGGAGAGGAGAUUAGUGCAACAGAAAAGAGGUCCCCAUUUGGUUUCUUAGGUUUUCAAGCAUUUCCUUACAAAGCUGUUUGUUUCUCUGGCUCUCUGAGUAGCAUGGCAGAAAAAAUCAAUUUUGAUUUCUUUUUUAAAAUAAUGCCAUACAAAUGACUACAGAUAUUUUUAUUUUUGAUUCAGUAUUUUAAUAUCUAGGUUUCUUGUCUGUGAAUUGUAUAGUGCCCAGCACAUAUCUGGUGUGUAAUUAAACCUUUCAAAGACAAUCCAAA